CAACUUAGAACCCUAGUUUCAAUUGCUGCCUAUUUCUCCAUGGAUGGUGGUCGAAGGUUUGAAGAAGAAUGGAGUAAACCCAAUUGUGAUUGUGGGUUUCAGUGUGUACUACGCACUACUUGGACAUUGAACAAUUCUACUAGAAGGUUCUAUGGCUGCCCAAGAUACAAGAGGAAUGAGGUUGAUGGGUGUGGAUUUAUCAGAUGGGUGGACCCUCCAUCAUUCCCUGUACAUGGUGAAAGGUUUAAGGAGGAAAUAAGAGGGUUUUUGAAAAGGUUAGAGGAGAUGGAAGAUAAUGUUAAGCAACUACAGAUUAUGGCUGAAAAAAGAGAAGAAGAACUUGGUUCAAUAUUGAAGAUGUUAAGAGAUUUGAAAUCUGGUGUUUGUUUUUGUGUUGGAAUAUUUUCGUGUGUUUUGUAUAUCUUAGUUAUGUUGUUUAUUUCUUAAUUGGGAGUAUUAAGCAGUCAUUGUUGAAAAAUCUAAUGUAACUUUUAGACUUACUGAAUCAAUAGUUGCUUAUUAAGUAA